UGAUUGGAUGGAAGUAGGAGGCGCUGAUUGGUGGGCGGUGCGCAGGCGCGGGGUGGUUGUUGUUGUGAGGCGCGAGGCGGCGGUUGAAGCAAGCUGCACUAUGUCUUUGAACCCUCCCACCAGCAAUGAUGCAUGCCUGAGCAUCGUGCACAGUCUGAUGUGCCAUCGACAAGGUGGGGAGAAUGAGACCUUUGCUAAACGUGCCAUUGAGAGUUUAGUGAAAAAGCUCAAAGAAAAGAAGGAUGAGUUGGAUUCAUUGAUUACAGCUAUUACAACCAAUGGAGCACAUCCCAGCAAGUGCGUUACAAUCCAGCGGACCCUAGAUGGACGACUACAAGUCGCUGGCAGGAAAGGUUUCCCUCAUGUGAUCUAUUCCCGACUCUGGCGCUGGCCAGAUUUGCAUAAGAAUGAGCUAAAGCAUGCUAAAUUCUGCCAGUUUGCAUUUGACUUAAAGUACGACAGUGUCUGUGUCAACCCAUACCAUUAUGAGAGGGUCGUCUCACCAGGAAUUGGUGUCAGUCUCCAGAACACAGCUCCUCCUACUCGUUUGGUGAAGGAUGAAUUUGUGCACGAAUGUGUGCAGCUGGAUGGACCGCAAGUCAUGCCACAUCCUGAGGAACAUCGGCUUCAGCCAGUCAAACACCCGACUAACACACGGCCAUCUUCUGAAACCUAUGUCCAGCCCCUCCCACCUCCAGUACUUUCCUUACCAGAGACAUCUAGAGCCACUGUGCACAGCUAUCCCAACAUUCCAAUGUCUCCUCCUCCUACCAACAAUUCUCUCAUUCCUAUGAAUCACAGCGAGGCUUUAUUACAGAUUGCCCCAUCACUGCAACAGAUGGCACCUCCCCCAACUCCACCUCCCCCCGCCCCCCCCAAUCCAUCUCAGCAAAAUGGAUAUCCGCCACCAAAACAGCCUUACCAGAAUACGACAGCAACUUGGACAGGCAGCAGCACAGCUGCUUAUACACCAAAUGUGGUGCCCCAACAAAAUGGGCAUGGGCACCACCAACCAUCAGUGCACCACACCAGCCAUUAUUGUCAGCCAUCACAAUCAACUGUGAUACCCUUCCUCUUGCGUCACACUGCCUCAGCCUCUCAACCACGCACGCCACACAAUGGCUCUUCACAUCACAAUGGAGCAUCCUAUCAACAGCUGAUCUCCAACCAUCCAGGUCCAGAGUUCUGGUGUUCAAUCACAUACUUUGAAAUGGAUGUGCAAGUGGGGGAGAUGUUCAAAGUUCCCUCAAGCUGCCCAGUAGUGACAGUCGAUGGCUAUGUGGAUCCUUCAGGAGGAGAUCGCUUCUGCCUUGGCCAGCUUUCAAACGUACAUCGUACUGAUGCCAGCGAGAAGGCCAGACUGCACAUUGGUAAGGGGAUCCAGCUGGAGUGCCGUGGUGAGGGUGAUGUCUGGAUGCGAUGCCUCAGUGAUCAUGCAGUAUUUGUACAAAGCUACUAUCUGGACCGAGAGGCAGGCCGUGCACCUGGAGAUGCUGUACAUAAAAUUUAUCCAGGGGCGUACAUCAAGGUGUUUGAUUUGCGUCAGUGUCACCGACAGAUGCAGCAACAGGCAGCCACAGCACAGGCAGCAGCAGCAGCUCAGGCCGCAGCUGUGGCUGGGAACAUUCCAGGUCCUGGCUCUGUGGGAGGCAUUGCUCCUGCCGUUAGUCUUUCUGCAGCUGCAGGGAUAGGCGUUGAUGAUCUGAGGCGUCUCUGCAUCCUCCGUCUGAGCUUUGUAAAGGGCUGGGGUCCAGAUUAUCCACGGCAGAGCAUCAAACACACCCCCUGCUGGAUCGAGGUCCACCUGCACCGAGCACUGCAGCUUCUGGAUGAGGUCCUGCAUACUAUGCCCAUUACUGACCCAGGAUCUGUUAACUGACACAAAUCACCUUCCGAGUUUUGUCAUCUUCUUCUUCUUACUUAUUAUCAAACUUGUAAACUGAUCACUUGAAUCUGGGACGUCAGCAGUCAAGACAGACUGAUACAGCAUAACUUUAUUUUUAUAUGUUUAUGUUUAUCUUAUUGCUUGUUGACCAUUUUCUUUAAAUCAUGGUCAUGAAAAAUUCACACUACAACUACAUUGGAGAUGCUUUUGGAACUUGCUGCCCUUACCUCUACAAAAUGUAUUUAUUUAGUUUUCUAAUUAGGAUUUGCAGCAAAUAACAGAGGAUCUGGUUCCAGUUCAAUUCCGAAUGCGGAAUUUGUUGCAGAUUUACUUGCUCUAAUUUUGGAUUUCCUGUAUAACCGGUUUAUCAGGGCAAGAAUCUUCAAACAGUUUUUAGACUUAUGACCUGGGCAGUAGAUACUCAGAGUGACUUUCAUUUUCGAGAACUUAAGCCCAGUUGUUCUGUUAUCAUUCAAUGUCACUAUACUGUGCCACAAUCUAAAGCUAGAGGUGAAAUUGCUGAGGACUGUUUUAACUACUUGAUCUAAUAAUAUAGUACAUCAUGGUAUGCUGCAUAUAUUUUCCUGAAUGGAGUCUUCACAUGGCCAGGUAUAAGUAUUUCAUAAACAGAAGUUGCUGGGAAAUGUCAGCAAGUCUGGCAACUGAUGGUUCUGAAGAAGGGUCACUGGACC